UUGUCUUACUUUUUGUGGGCGUGCGAGCAAAGAACAGAAGUACAGCCUCUCUUUUUUGUGUUUCAAAUGUCAGGACCUCAACGUCUCAAGAAUCCACCAACUCUCAACUCAGCUUCUGGAGCUGGGAAUAUACAAGAUAUUGGAGGGCUCAACAGCUAUGUUACUGAACCUCUUGACUCCAAGCUUGCCAUUCUUCUCAUUUCUGAUGUAUUUGGAUAUGAAGCUCCACUUUUGAGGAAGCUAGCAGAUAAAGUUGCAGCUGCAGGGUACUUGGUGAUUGUUCCUGAUUUCUUCUAUGGUGAACCUCUAGACCGCGAGAAACAUGACAUACAGACAUGGUUGAAAGAUCAUGGCGCGGACAAAGGAUGUGAAGAUGCUAAAGCAGUGGUUGAAUCUUUGAAAAGUAAAGGUGUUUCUUCCAUAGGAGCAGCAGGCUUUUGCUGGGGAGGAAUGGUAGUUUCUAAAUUGGCAAAACAUGAGAAUAGUAUUGGGGCUGCAGUUAUCUUGCAUCCUGGUCCUAUAACAGUUGAUGAGAUAAAUGAGGUAAAAGUUCCAAUUGCAAUAUUAGCAGCUGAGCAUGACCAUAUAUUUCCGCCUGACCAAGCGAAGCAGCUAGGCGAUGCUUUAUCUGCAAAAUCCGAGAUUGAGAGCUUUGUGAAGAUAUUUCCUGGAGUUCAACAUGGAUGGACAGUUCGAUACAACGUUGAGGAUGAAUCGUCUGUCAAAGCUGCAGAAGAGUCUCACUCAGAUAUGUUAAACUGGUUUAUCAAGUUCAUCAAGUGAACAAGAAAGAACUAGAAUUGAAACAUCAUUUUCAGGAAAGGAGAUUUUUAUAAGUCCUCAAAUAAACUGAGAAUAUGUCACAAUCAUAAAGUACACUGCAUUUGCUGAUAUGCAGUGUUAAUCUGCAAUGAAAUAAGGAUCAUGUUUGUUUGGUUUUAACUUAUGAUGC